AUGAGGGCAGCACUGUGGUCACUCGUGGCCAGCUCAGCAGCCACACUCGUCGCAGCAGCCCCGCCCUUCGUCCUCCAGGACGCUCGCAUCCCCACUCCGAGUCCGCAGCCUGCGCGGCCCCUCGCAGACCUCUCACCCAGCGACUUUCACGCCGUCCAGGAUGCUCUGAGGGAGUACCUCGAGCACCUCGUCGACGAGGGAAAGCGUCUCGUGCAGGACACCUUCGACGCCUUCGAGGAUGACCUCGCCAAGACGCAGGACGACGGGAUCCACCCUCCUCACCCGCCCUCUCACCCGCUCCCGCCGCCCGUCAUCGACAUGAGCAAGUACACCAUUCUCGAGAUUGUCAACCAGUCUUUCCAUCGCCACCAGGAACACGAGGAUGGCGAGGUCCGCCUCGUCGACCGCACGCUGCGCGAAGGUCUCGCGGCUCGUCGCCCUUGCAAGCAUGCCCGCACGCUCGGUGGCGAGCAUGGCGGCGACGACCACGACCAUGAGCUCCCGCUCCACCGUCUCGCUUGGCUUGUCAACUUCUCGCCCGACGCCGCCAAACUCCUCGAGAAGGACGGCAUUACGCUCCUCGCUCCCGACGACAUGGCUCUCACCCCGCCUCACCGUCGUGGAGGCGGUGACCAUCACGGUUUCGCCGGCCAGCCGGAGCGCUCGGUCGAGGACAUGUUUGCGGCGACUCUGAGCGAACGCUCGCACCCGUUCCACUCGCACGAGUUCAGCCCUGAGAAGCUCGCCAAGCUUGCGGCAUCCACCGACGGCGACGACGAGGACAAAGAGGAGAAGAAGCGCAUCUUCCGCAAGAUCAUCGCUGUGGUCGGCGCCUACCACGUCAUUCCCGAGUCGCAGAACUCGCACGACUUGGUGGACCGCUCGACCGUGCCGACCCUCCUCGACGAGUCUCGCGUUCGCGUUUCCCCCGGCUUCGAGACCUUCCCCUUCCCCCACCCGACGCUCAAGUUCAACGUCUACUCGCACAAGCGCGGCCCGACUGUCAUCGCCAAGAACGGCAUCAUCCACCUCGUUUCGGCACCGCUCUUCCCGCCCUGGACCGUCCUCAACGAGUUGUUCGUCUUUCCUGGCGCUUUUGCGGGCUUGACGAACGCCAUUCAGAAGGUCGGACUCGACGAGCCACUCCUCCCGCCUAACGACGCCGACACCAAGCUUCCCGAGGACUUUGUCGGCUCGCCCUUCGUCCGGGGCAUCGUCGAGGAACUCGCCGCCGAGAAGGGACUUGACUCGUUCACGGUGUUUGCGCCUUCGAACGCGGCGUUUGCCCGACUCGGCUGGAAGAUCAACGGCUUCUUGCACUCGCCCAUCCCGUUCGCCAAGAGGGUUCUCAAGUACCUUCUCUCGUACCAUGUCGUCCCCGGCUUGCGCUUCUACUCCGACUUCCUCCACAACGACUCGUCUAUCGCCUCCGAGUAUGUCGUCAAGGAGGAGGUCGACGUCGAGGUUCCGCUCGAGUGGGUGACGGAAGGUCACAGCCAGGUCUUCCACCCCUCGGACUGGUCUCUCCCGCCCUUCCCCGGCCGUCGCCCGUCCGACGAACACCCUCACCCGCCCCCUCACGUCCCGGAACGCCCACACCCCGGCCCUCGCGCAAACAUCACGCACUACGUCCUCCCGACCCUCCUGACCGAACACAACCCGAACGCGACGCUCAAGAUCGGAGUCGUCUCGUACCGCUCGUUCUUUGGCAAAGGCCCGAUUAGGAGGAACGUGAUUGUGUUCCCCAGUCAUGGGGGCCAUCAUGGACACCAUGCGGCGGAGAAGGAGGAGGAAGAGGUUCGCCGUGUUUGGGGCAACGAGGGAGGAGACGACCACGGUAGGAUCCCGAGGCCUCACCCGGUCAAGGUCGCUUUCACGGACGUCCCUGCUCGUGCGGGCGCUAUCCAGGUCCUCGGCCACGACUUCCUCCUCCCUCCUCCCCCGCCUCACAAAUACCACGACCACGACCACGAGCACUCGGACGACCUCGUCUCGCUCGCGCAGAACGAGGCUCGUCGCCUCGCCAAGGCAGUUCACAAGCUCUUUGCCUGA